GUGAGUGACGCUUUUGUCACGUGAUCAAGUGGGAGUAUUUAAGCUCCUGGCGCGAGAUCUAUUCAAGAGAAUAUACGCUUCCUCACAACCAGGUGUGGCCCUACAACAGUCUGAGAAAAGAACAUGAGUUUCGGUGCCAAGCUUAAACACAGCCAGCAGAGGUCUAAUGAGAACAUUAAGACCUUUUUCACACCCUCUCAAAAGGCAAUGGGCCCUCCCAGGCAAUCUCUGCAGGUCCUCCAGUCCUCAGCGGUCAACACAGAUUUGGGAAGGUCAGCUCAGAUGGGUAAGGCCAUUGCCAAACGGAAACAGUGGAGCGCAGAACAAACAAGAGGUCCAAAGAGGGUGAAGGUAGAAGUGAAAUCCACACAAACAGAAGAAACUCAGUGUUCAGCAGAUGACCUGUCCAAUGAAGCAUAUGAGCUUAUGGUUAAAGAAGCUCCCCCUUCAACGUAUUGGAAAGAGGUGGCUGAGGAGCGGAGGAAGGCCUUGUACAAUGUUCUACAGGAGAACGAAAAGUUGCACAAAAACAUUGAAGCAAAAGACGAACAGAUAUCAAAGCUCAAGUUUGAAAAUGAGGAGCUGCAGGAGCUGGCACAACACGUACAGUACAUGGCUGAUAUGAUUGAGAGGCUGACUGGGAAGAGCCCUGACAAUCUGGAAGAAUUGAGGGAUAUUGCCCUGGAUGAGGAUGAGGAUGAUGAUGAUGGUGGUGAUGAUGAUGACGACGAUGAUGAAGAAAACAGUGAAGUGACAUCCCGGAAUGAGAAGGACUCUGAUUACAUUCAAAGUGAUUCAGAGGAAGAAGAGCCCUUUGACCAUGAGCAACCUGAAACAUCUGAAGAUCAGGAUUAAGGGACAUUUUUUUCUCUGUGAUGGGACUUAAAGCUGCUUGUACAGGUCAGCACAAGUGUGCUUUAGCAGUAAAACAUGACUAUCCAUUUGACUGACUGACUGACUUGGCUUAUCAGUAACUGUCUGAUCAAGUGUUUUCGAAAUGUCCCCAAGUUUGGAUUUUUAAGCCGUUAACAGAAUGGGCUGGUUUUAUUAUUUUGUAACGAUUUUGGCUUUUGUAGUCCGUUCUUGUUCAGGUUUUUUCCACAGACUACUUUUUUAAAACGCUGCAAUUGAAGCACAGGUGGAGAUGCUCAUUAAUGGUGGCUGAAUUCCAUUAGCCUGCUUCAGUUUCAGGGUCCUGAUGUCCAUGUUUGCUUACAGUCACUGUAGCUGCUGGAACACUGGAGUAGACUGGAGCCAUUGUUAAUCAUUGUAUAUCUGUCCUUUUCUUACUGUGACGUAUCUGAAUGUGAGCUGUGAAAGAAAGUGUUUUGCUCCAAAUGAUAGUGACAUUCACUGUCAGAUGUUUUGGUUUACUUGUGCUUUUUGUGGCACACUUGUAUAUAAAAAAAAACAUGUAAAAUAAACACUUUUUU